AUGGAUUACCAGCAUUUCCAGAGCGAUGAAAGGUGUGGUGUCUCAGCGGAAGGAGCCGAACGAGUGACAAUGUACAUACGAGUGGAAUGCCGUACUGACUGCGCAGUACUGCUCAUUGUUGUUGUGAUGUACGUCGAUCUGGCAUACAAACAGUACGAUAAUCCCAACCGUUUCAGAAUGCCAGCGCUUCCCGGCCAUCAUCGUAAUGUCUCGCAAGGGCAACAUUUGAUAGUAGAACCUAAUGAAUCUGGAGACGAAGAUGAUGCAGAACGUGGAAGAACUGUAGUUUUUCCUGGAGGAAGUCCAACGCAUAUUACGGCAGCACAGUCUCGACCACAAAAUAAUAAGCCUAAAGGUCUCUGUCAUGAUCCUCAUAUUCGUUCAAAUGUCAAGGUGAUACUAGGAUCUAUAGUUCUUACUGUAGUUGGAACGAUCCUUCUAGUCGUCGGAAUCGUCGUGAUGUUUCGUCCCGAUGAAGGUCCACAAGGCUGGGUGUUUCUUUUUGCUGGCUUUCUUUGCUUCGUUCCUGGAUCCUACCAUGUUUAUUACAUUAUGUGUACCAUUUGUGGACGUCCUGGAUACUCCUUUGAUAAGUUACCAACAUUCAAUAGAUGA